AUGCGCCCCUCGCAGGACACCCUCCCCCCCCUCGUCUCCGAUAAGGUCCUGCAUCACGAAGAGCAUGAGACGGGCUCUCUACCUCCAGCAUCGGUUACUUUAUUGCGGCAGCGACGAAAACUUCACGUUAUAAAUCCCUUGUGGUACCGCAACAGUCUACUGGCGAGCGUGGGGUUCCUGGAGUUCGCCAACGCGGGUGACUUUGCCGCUAAUGUGUGGAACGAUGUCCCCGUCCCGCUAUACGCCAUUAUCUUCAUGGCGAUCGGAGGUCCUCUAGCACUGUUGAUCAGCGGAUUUGCCGUCCGCGAUAGUGUGCUCAGCUGGCAGAACGUCCGGAUUCUUCAACGAGAGCGCAGAUACCUCAAAUCCCUGCAGGCCCAGCACCUCGAAUGCCCCGCACCGGAUGCCACCACACUCCGUUUCAUCGACCGCCGUCUGGGGGUCAGCCACCGCGAACUGGGCACCGAACUGGUCGAUCGCAUCGUCAUGGACGUAUUUUUGGGGAUCGGCGGUCUUCUGGUCGGCACGGGCACCAUCAUGGCCAUCUGGGGCUCCGACCGACACGUAUACUUCAUCAGCAACCUGCUCUCGGGGUUCGUCGGCAACUCCUUCGCGGCCAUCUACGGCAUCAUCAAUGCCAUCUGGUCGGCCUAUCUGGCCUGGCGCUUUCACAGCUACGACCGCGCGUGCUCCCGGGCGGGAGCCAUGCUCGCCCCGUUCCGCGACCGACUCCAGCGUCGCUUCCAAUGCUUCAAGUGGCACGCCGUCGCGUCCGGGUGGACCGGCCUCAUCGCCGGCGGCGCCUCCAUGAUGACCUCCCGUCUCUGGGAGGGCUACGUUGUCCUCAUUCCAUGCAUGCUGUUGGAGGUUGCCUGCAACCGCUUCUGGCGCGGUCAGCUCGGCUACGACCGUCCCAUCCCAACAAUCCCAGUCGCCCACCACCACAAAACCGAACAAGACCCCAACAUCCACCCCGAAGACGCGGAAAAAGAAGAAGAUCGCCUGCUCCUCGACGCCCUCACCUCCGUAAUCAGCCUCCAAACCGCCCUGGUGCCCAUCCUCCCCUCCACCCUCGUCCUGGAAGACGUAGACUGGACCUCCCUCGACUCCCUCCUGCUGUUCAUCGUCAACAACCACCUUUUCGACUGCCUCUGCGACUGGCUCGCCACCAACCCCGCCGUCCCCAAGGACUUCCGUCACCGCGUCUUCCGUUUAGCCACCAACCCAUCCUUCUCGGAGAUCACGGUCACCCUGACCGACCUCCGCCAUCUGAGCGACGUGGAAGAUCGACCCCGCAUGCUGGAAAUGUGCCAACUCUUCCUACGGACCGAAGCCCAGCAGGUCAUGAUCAAUCGGGAACGGUAUCUCCUUGAGAUGGUGGGGUACACAAUCUGGAAGAACGAUUGACUUUUCCUUCCCACCCGUUCUGCUUCUUUUCGGCAUUGGGAUAAGAAACCGGAUAAUGCAUCAAUAUUACCCAUAGACUGGGUGUUUUCAAUUUUCCGCGUGUUCAUUUGUAUAGAAAUCAGCGGAAGCGAUCGUGUUUUUGUGCUUGUUGAGCAUAGCAUA